AUGCUUAAUACUGAUGUAUUCGACCACUUGGCCAAAUCAUUGUUUCAAGUUUUUACAAGCUCAGAGAAUUAUAAAUUUCCAUUAAUUGACUCAGAUUUAAGUAACGAUAUAUUGGAAGAAACUUUACCAAAUCCAUCCUCAAUAUUUAUUUCUACUUGCAAUUUAAAAAGUAGAGAAUCGAUUUCAUUUGAACAAGAAGAAACUUAUGAAGACUCUCAGAAUCUAAUUUAUUCCAAUAUAACCAAUAUAAUUAAUAUACCACAUUUAUCAUUGAAUGGAGUUGAUGGUGGUGAUUCUUUGAAUCUAGAAAGAUUGAAGUCACCAAUAACUC